GACUCUAAUUUCACGAAGCACACAAACCUUCCAGAUCUCCCAGCAUGCUUUCAGCUGUCUGUCCUGCCAUGGACUCCCUGCAUCUUCCUCUGGCUGACGGCUCCUUUCUACAUCCUCUACCUCAAGAUGAGCAACAGAGGCUACAUCAUGAUGUCUAUACUGAACAGAAUCAAAACGGCUCUCGGCUUGAUCUUGUGGAUCGUAUGCUGGACAGACCUGUUCUCUACAUUUCAUGAGAUGAACCAGAAUCAGCUUAAACCGCCAGUAUACUUCAUUACUCCUCUAGUACUUGGCAUGUCGAUGUUGUUAGCCACGUUCCUGAUCCAGUUCGAGAGGCUGAAAGGAGUGCAGUCAUCCGGUGUGCUCUUCAUAUUUUGGACACUCUCAGUUCUGUGUGCCAUCGUGCCUUUCCGCUCCAAAAUCAUGAAUGCCAGUCAGGCAGAGAAUGACAAGCUGAGGUUCACGACGUUCUACAUUUACUUCAGCCUCACCCUGCUUCAACUCAUCCUGUCCUGCUUCAAUGAAAAGCCUCCUCACUUCUCCACUGUGGUCACAGAUCCUAAUGUAUGUCCAGAAACGACUGCUGGGUUCAUCUCCAAAAUGACCUUUUGGUGGUUUACUAGCAUGGCGAUCAAAGGCUAUAAAUCUCCACUAGAGAAUAAAGAUCUGUGGUCUCUGAACAAGGACGACAGUUCAGAGCUGGUGGUUCCCAAUCUGCUCAAUGAAUGGGAGAAGGAGAAAUCCAAAGCACAGAGCGAGCAGAGCGUGAAGGACCAGGCAGCGUUCAGGAAGACAGGCCCAGGCGCUGAACCCAACCACGUGAGCGUCAGUCCUGAGGAGGAGGUUCUUCUGUCCAAACAGAAGGAGGCGAGGCAGCCCUCGUUCCUGAGGGCCCUUCUAAGGGCUUUUGGGCCCUACUUCCUCAUCGGCUCGGCUUUCAAACUACUCCAGGAUCUUAUUACCUUCGUGAACCCUCAGCUGCUCAGGAUGUUGAUUGACUUCACCAAGCAGCGUCAGGCCCCGUCGUGGUGGGGUUUUUCACUGGCGUUCCUGAUGUUCGGAGCUUCCCUCUUACAGACCCUCAUCUUACAUCAGCACUUUCAGUACUGCUUUGUCACGGGCAUGAGGCUGCGCACGGGAAUCAUCGGAGCCAUUUACAGGAAGUCUCUGGUGAUCACGAACGAGGCCAAGCGCUCGUCGACGGUGGGCGAGGUGGUGAACCUGAUGUCUGUGGAUGCUCAGUGCUUCAUGGAUCUCACCACCUUCCUGAACAUGCUGUGGUCAGCGCCGCUGCAGAUCAUGCUGGCGCUCUUCUUCCUCUGGCAGAAUCUGGGUGCGUCGGUUCUGGCCGGUGUCGCUGUGAUGGUUCUGCUGAUCCCGUUCAACGCUUUCAUCGCCAUGAAGACCAGAACAUACCAGGUGGAGCAGAUGAAGUACAAGGACCAGCGCAUCAAGCUGAUGAACGAGAUCCUGAACGGUAUCAAGGUGCUGAAGCUGUACGCCUGGGAAACCUCCUUCAAGGAGAAGAUCCUGCAGAUCCGUCAGAAGGAGCUGAAUGUGCUGCGCAAGACGGCGUAUCUGAGCGCUCUCUCCACCAUGGCCUGGAUCAGCGCACCCUUCCUCGUGGCUUUGACCACGUUCGCUGUGUUCGUGUCUGUGGAUAAGGACAACAUCUUGGACGCAGAGAAGGCCUUCGUGUCUCUGUCUCUGUUCAACAUCUUGAGGUUCCCGUUAAACAUGCUUCCUAAUGUCAUCAGCAGCAUCGUACAAGCCAGCGUGUCUCUGAAACGCAUCCAGGAUUUCCUGAGUCACGAUGAGCUGGAUCCCGAGAGCGUGGACAGAACAAACACGUCCGAGUACGCCGUGAGCGUCGUGAACGGGAAGUUCUCAUGGGCCAAACAAGACCAGGCCGCUCUCGACAACAUUAAUGUGAUGGUGCCGCAGGGCUCUCUGCUGGCCGUCGUGGGGCACGUGGGAUGCGGGAAGACGUCUCUGGUGUGUGCCCUGCUGGGAGAGAUGGAGAAGAUGGAGGGUCAGAUCUCCAUACGGGGAUCCGUGGCUUAUGUACCGCAGCAGGCCUGGAUCCAGAACGCCACGCUCCGAGACAACAUCCUGUUCGGCAGACCCUACGUGGAGCAGAAGUACCGCUGUGUGCUGGAGGCCUGCGCUCUGACCCCUGACCUGGAAGUGCUUCCCGGAGGAGACCAGACGGAGAUCGGAGAGAAGGGCAUCAAUCUGUCGGGCGGUCAGCGGCAGAGAGUGAGUCUGGCCAGAGCUCUGUACAGUGAAUCAGACGUCUAUCUGCUGGACGACCCUCUGUCCGCCGUCGACGCUCACGUCGCCAAACACAUCUUCGACAACGUGAUCGGGCCUGAAGGAGCGCUGAAGGGCAAGACCAGGAUCCUGGUGACCCACGGGAUCAGCUUCCUGCCGCAGGUGGACAACAUCCUGGUGAUGGUGGACGGACGCGUGUCAGAGAUGGGCUCCUACCAGCAGCUGCUCAAGGAGAACGGAGCUUUCGCAGAGUUCCUCAGAAACUACUCUCUGGAGGACAUCAUCGAAGACGAGGACAUCACCGAUUUGUUGGUUGAAGAGGAGGAGGAGGAGUUCCCUGAAGAUGCUCUCAGUAAUCACGCAGAUAUGGUGGAUAAUGAGCCUGUGGUUAAUGAGGCACGCAGACACUUCAUGAGGCAGAUGAGCAUCAUGUCGAUUGAUCCGGAGAACCCCAAGAAAAUGUCCCGGCGCCGGCGCUGCAGCGAGAGGAAACACCCGGAGUCUCCGACCGAGAAGAAGGAUCCGAAGGUGGACAAGCUCAUCCAGGCCGAGACCACUGAGACGGGACGGGUGAAGCUGAAGGUGUAUUGGGAGUAUGCGAAGGCUGUCGGGCCGCUGCUGUCGCUCUUCAUCUGUUUCCUGUACGGCUGUCAGAGCGCCACCUCCAUCGGAGCCAACUUCUGGCUGAGCGAGUGGACGAACGACGCUCUGAACAAGAGCACGACGACAACGUCCACGAGGGUCGGGGUCUACGCCGCGCUGGGACUGUCACAAAGUGUGCUGGUCAUGUUUUCCUCCUUUACUCUGGCUCUGGGGAAAAUCCAGGCUGCACGCAAGCUGCAUGAAACCCUGCUGGACAACAAAUUCCACACGCCCCAGUCGUUCUUCGACACCACUCCUAUCGGCCGGAUCAUCAACCGCUUCUCCAAGGACAUUUACGUGAUCGACGAGCUCCUGCCGUCCACCGUCCUCAUGUUCCUGGGCACCUUCUUUGCGUCUCUGUCCACUAUGAUCGUGAUUAUUUUCAGCACACCCAUAUUCGCGCUGGUCACUGUCCCUCUGGCCUUGAUUUACUUCUUUGUGCAG